CCGCCCGUCCGCCGCGCGGCCGCCGCCCGGCUCCCGGCACCGCAGGGCUCCCUACCGCCGCCGCUGCCUGCGCCCCUCCGCCUUGCCCCCGGGCCCCUUUGCCCCUCGGGCGAGGCCUGGCAGGAGAAGCCGUUCGCCGCCCCGCCCCACGCGGCUGAUCCGUGCCGCGGGGCUGCGGCGCCGCCCGUAGUACCAGCGGGGCCUGGCGGCCGGGCCGCUUUUUGCUACCGCUUCUCCUUUAAGAAAAAAAAAAAACGCCCCGUCGGGCGGCGGGUGAAAGUCGGUGACAAAAUGGUGGCCGGCGCAAGGGGGGCGGGGCACACGGCCCUGGCCCCGCCCGCUUCCGUCCCGCGGCCGCGCAUGCGCGGUGCCUGCCGGGAGUUGUAGUUCCCGUUCCCGGCUGUGUCCCCGCCCCGAACGGCCCCUGGGCAGGAACCACGGGAGCGGUUGUGCGGAGGCGGCCGUGCCCGUGGCCUCCGCGGCCUGAGUCCCUCCCCAAAACAACCUCAGCACCGCCUGAUUGUCCCACAGGAACUGCACUAACACAUUAAACCCACACGAAAACCCCAAAACUUCGCCCCCGCAGACGCUGAAGAGGCCACCCGGGAGCGGGUUUUGUCACGGUAGCCACUCUGUCCCCUUCCCUGCUGUCCCAGCCGCCUCGGUGUCCAGGCUUUUGGACCUGGACUGGUCCUGACACAGUAUUCCCUUGCCUUGGCUGCAGCGGGAUGUGACACCAGGCCAGGAUCUUGGGGAACAGGACCGGGGUGUGCUUGCUCUGGAGCGGAGGGUUUGGCUGGUCUUACCCACCGUUUUAUGACAGGAGAACAAAGGGUAACACUUCCCCAGAACAAGGUGCUCCUCAUCCUCCCUCGGGAGACAAAAAGCAAAAAUCACAGGGGUUCAAAGAGCCCGCAACGUUCAGCUGGAAAAUCCUGUUUGCCGAACUGGUUCCCACCAGUGAGAGGGCUCUGAGCGCCUGCUGCUUCCUUCUUCUGCAUUUCAAAUCCUUUCUGCUUCUGCCUUUCAAGUCCUGAGCUCUGCACAGGGACGCCAUCCCUUGUCACAUGUGGCCAGUGGCUUCUGGACAGGGCUUGGGUCAGCAGGACAUCCACAUCUUGGCUUCUGGAGCUCCUUGGGCAGCCCAUUGGCCAGUUUCUCUCCUCUGCAGCCCCAGCCCGGGCUGUUUGUGGCUCCCUGUGCCCCAGCUGUGCCGGUCACACGUGGUGUGAGGCACGCAGCCCACAAAGGAAACCCUGGGUGACAAACCCCGGCGUGAGGGGCGGAGGCGAGACCGGAACAGAGCCAGCGCAGCCUCUUCUGCCAUCUCAGCACCCCGGGGUGCUGCCCCUGCCCUGGGACCCCACACCAAGGCAGGAUGGAGGAUUUGGAUGCUUUGCUGGCAGAACUGGAGCAGAGCUCCUGCCUGGCCUCCAAGGACCGUGUGCUGCAGCGACCAAGCUCCAGCCAGGAUGCCCAGCAUGGUAGCCUGAAGGUGCCACUGCCACCUCAAGCUCAGCCUCCAGGAGAAGGUUUGGAUUCAGUGUACAGCACCCCUGUGCCAGUCCCAAAGCCGCUGCUCCCCUCACCUCCACACACGGAGGCGUCCCGGCAGCUGGAUGAGCUCCUGGCCGACCUGGGCCACACAGAGAGCAAGCUGGCAGCUGCAGGGCAGGGAGCCGGGGUGCCCACGGAGUCCUUGCUGGACAACAUGCUGGACAGCCUCACGCGGGACCUGCAGGAGCUGGGCAUCACGGCCGCACCCGCCGGCGUCUGCGCCGCCUGCCGCAAGCCCAUCGCUGGCAAGGUGUUCACAGCCCUGGGCAAAACUUGGCACCCCGAGCACUUCACCUGUGCCCGCUGCAGGCAGGAGCUGGACAAGGGGCCCUUCUUCGAGCAGGGAGGGCAGGCGUUCUGUGAGGAGGAUUAUCACAAGGCCUUCUCCCCACGCUGUGCCUACUGCGCCGGCCCCAUCCGCGAGAAAGUCCUCACGGCCCUGGAGCAGACCUGGCACCCCGAGCACUUCUUCUGUGCCCACUGUGGGAAGGUGUUUGGAGAUGAGGGGUUCCUGGAGCGCAAUGGGAAGCCGUACUGCCACCAGGACUUCCUGGCCAUGUUCGCCCCCAAAUGCCAGGGCUGUGAGCGCCCCGUCAUGGACAAGUACCUGUCAGCCCUGCAGGGUGUCUGGCACACCGAGUGCUUCGUGUGCACGGAGUGCCUGACUAGCUUCACCGGCGGGUCCUUCUUCGAGCUGGAGGGGAGGCCCUACUGCGAGCUGCACUUCCACCAGCGGCAGGGCACCGUCUGCCACGGCUGCGGCCACCCCGUCACCGGGCGCUGCAUCACGGCCGCGGGGCGCAGGUACCACCCCGAGCACUUCAUCUGCACCUACUGCCUGGGCCAGCUGCACAAGGGCACCUUCCGCGAGUUCGACGACAAGAUGUACUGCCAGCCCUGCUACAACAAGCUCUUUGUCUGAGCCCCAGGUGCCCAGCACACAGCCUCCCUUGCCUGGAAGUCCCCAGCAUUGUCCCCACCAACAUGCCUGGCAAUGUCCCUGCUGACCCAAACACGCCUCAUGUCCCACCCAUCAACAUGAGUGGUCCCAUGGCUGGUCCCGCUCAGCCAACUGCCCCCAGCCUUGUGUCUGCUAAGCCAGGCUUCAUUCCUUGUCCCCCUCCCUUCAAGACAUCCCUGGCAUUGCUCCUUGGAUCUGAAGCAAUAAAAUACCUGGUCCUGCCUUC